AUGCUACCGGCUCAUUUGAACUUGUCGGCUUUUAAAUAUCCACUUGGUUUUAUAAGGGUUAUUGAAUUUGUGAGUUUUUUUUCGAGAGACUUGGAUUUUUUUAGAACAAUUAAAAAUGACUUCUUUCCAAAACCACGUGAAUUUUCUAGUGAAAAAAAGUUUUAAAAAAGAGAAAAACCUAAAAAGUUUACUCAUAAAAUAAACUAUUUGACCCGAGAUCAUUAAUAACAAAACUGGCAAGAAAAUUUGUGCCAAAAUUUUAACAAAUUUUCGAAAAAAAAAAACUUUACAAGCAGAAGUUUUUUUUUUGCACAAAUAUUAACUUUGCCACGUCAUAAUUUACUUGGGUUUUUUUGAAUUCUGCGAUACAUAAUCCUAAAUUUUUGAAUUGUUAUUUUUACCUGUGAAAAAUUAUGAGACUUUCUAAAAAAAGCAUUUUUCCAAAUAUUUUUCUCUUCAGGUUUUCAUAAUAAUUGCAAUUGCGGCUGUAAAUAGUUGGGGACUAACUUUUGAUUAUGAUUGUCCAACACCACCAAAUAAUCAAACAAUCAAAGCAUCGGUUGCAACUUUUUCGUUAGUUUUUCUAUAUCAGAAAAUUUGAGAUUUCAAAAUUUUCUAGACUUUCAAACUUCAAAAUCAAAAACUGUUCGAAUGCUCAACAAACUUUGUGGGAUUCUGAUGAUUCAGCUGGAGGGUGAGAAACUGAUUUGAACUAUCUAAAUUUCACACCCAAAUAUUUAUUUUUCCAGCGCCGCCGGUUUUUUCUAUUUUGUCAAUGUUUCUUCAUUAAUCUAUGUUAUUAUUGUAACAUUUGUUUAUGUCAUUUUUUGGUCACAAUAUCAAUCCGAAAAACGAAUUGCACUUUUGGAUUUGGGAAUCACUGCUCUAUUUUUCAUUUUAUUCUUUUUUUGCUCUUCGAUUUGGUGGGCUGGAUCAAAUACAAUUGGAAAUGCCACAAGGUUUUAUUUGACAUUUAGGGGUCAAAAAUAUUUGAUUAAUUUUUCAGCGAAGAGCAUUUGAAAGAACGUUUUGCACAAGAACCUUGGAAAAAUCAAACUGUUCAAUUAACUUCGAGAGAUGUCAAUAAUGGAAAAUUAGCUAUUUCUGUGGUAUAUUUUUCGAAAAAUUCUGAUUUCCAAAAUGUUAUUUUCAGCUCGCUAAUUGGGUUUGUGUAUUUUCAUUUGCUUUCAAUUGUUGGUUCAUUUGGAAAGAAGUUGUUCCAAGAGAUUCUUCGGAUCCAACAAGUAUUGCAUAA